UCUCAGCUGGUUUCCUUAAAAGAAAGCGAUCCUGUCUUUCAGUUUAAAAAAAAAAAGAAAAAGAGCUGCAACUGUUGAAGCAGCAUGCACUUAAUAAGCUACUUCUAAAUCUGGCUUCAUCAUUUCAGUCUGUGGACUAGCAGAACAGAAGCUGCAGAAUCCUUCUCAAGCCUCUGCGACAGAAAUGGAGAAAAUAAGGGUACGAAAUUCCUGGGUGCCAACUUGCCUAUGGCAACCUAGAAUUCUCCAGGGCAGGCUCGCAAAAUCUUCACCUACCCUCUGGGACAGUACUUUGCAAGAACAGAAGGGGGAAUUACGGAAGCGCCUAACCUACACUACCCACAAACUGGAAAUGCUUGAAACAGAAUUUGAUUCUACACGCCAAUAUCUUGAAAUUGAACUGAGACGUGCUCAGGAAGAACUUGAAAAAGUAACCGAAAAAUUGAGAAGGCAGGUGAUUUCUCCUCCGAAGACUUAUCAUGUGGGAAGCCCAAAAUACGUUACAAGGAUACAAAAUAAUUACCUAGCCUUACAAAGAAUUAAUCAGGAGUUGGAAGAUAAACUUUACAGGAUGGGUCAACAUUACGAAGAGGAAAAAAGGGCUUUAAGCCACGAAAUAAUAGCACUCAAUAAUCAUUUAAUAGAAGCCAAGGUGACAAUAGAUAAGUUAUCAGAAGAUAAUGAGCUCUAUAGAAAGGACUGCAAUUUAGCUGCUCAGCUGCUCCAGUGCAGCAAGAAUUACGACAGGGCACAUAAGCUUUCUGAGCUGCCAUCUGACUUCCAGGAGAGAGUCAGCCUCCAUCUGGAAAAGCAUGGAUGCAGCCUUUCUGUACCCUUGUGUCACGCAUCAUUUGCUGAUAACAUACCAACGUGCGUCAUCGCUAAGGUACUGGAGAAACCAGACCCAAACAGCUUGUCUUCACAUUUGUCAAGUACAUCUGCAAGGGAUCACUCUUUUCAAGACUCUGGUGGCAAACUUGGCCAAAGGCCCCAAUACAAGUCUGACAUCUACUGCAGUGACACUGCCCUUUAUUGCCCUGAGGAGAGGAGGAGGGAGAGGAGACAAAGUGUUGAUAUGCAAGUGAAAGAUGUGGGGUUUUUGAGGUCCCAGAACUCUACUGACAGCACUGUAGAAGAAGAUGGCUUCCAUUCUAGCUUCUCUCAUGAAGCCUUCCCAGAAUAUGUUACCUCUUUACCAACCUCGAGCUCCUACUCCAGUUUCAGCGUUACCUCUGAGGAAAAAGAGAAUGCCCAGGCCAGCACUCUGACAGCCUCCCAGCAAGCAAUCUACCUGGGCAGCAGAGAUGAAAUAUUUGAAAGAAAGUCAUGUUCUAGUUAUGAACAUCAGGGAAGUCCUAGGUUUGGCAAGUCAAAGUCCGUACAGCAAAUGGAACUUGCUGAUAACAGUGAGAACUCUCCCACUUUUACUAGGACUCUGCCACCUUAUGCUAAUGAGCCUUUUCAUUUCUCAGCCAUAACAACACAGCAGGCAUUGGCAACUCAGAAAAUGCGUAACGACUGCAUGAGCACCCAUCUUUCAGAAGAAGACUUACCCGGGAGGUGGAGGCAGCUGAGUGUAGAGGACAUUGGUGCAUAUUCUUACAGGAACGCUGGCAGACUGUCACCCUGUAGCUUUUCGGAGCAGUACUAUAGCAGCCCUAUAAAAAAAGCAGAAAGCCGAACAAGCCCCAUCUAUGCUGGUUACAAAGGAGAUAGCUUCUCAGAAGGAGAAGAUAUCUGUCAAAAUAGACUUGUGGAUUCUUGCUUCCUCAGAACAGACAGUGGCCUAAACAUUGACAUCAGCACUAGUUGUAAACAGGAUAAGUUGCCCUCUUACAAAACAAAAGAACCAAGAGACCAAAAAAAUGACAGGAUCACAAUGCAGUUGUGCAGUAGCAAAAAUAUUGAGAGUAGCCCAGCGUUGAAAAGAGAAUAUGUUGAUGUAAGCCCAAACAGCUCAGCAGAAUCCCUCAAUCAGAAUUCAAUGGAGGCUUCAGAGAUCCAUCAGUCUUCCAUGGAGCAAGGAAGCCAUUCAAGCCUUCACAGCAAACCACAGCAGUUUCAACGGACUGGGAGCACUGGUUUGAGUCGGAAGGACAGUCUUACAAAAGCACAAUUAUAUGGAACCCUUCUAAAUUAAAUAGCUUCCAAAACUGCAAUAAGAAAAAACAAACAACAUUUGAUAUUUCUUUUGAACGACAGGGUUCUAAGAAACAGGAUUAUUAUAAAUUAUAUAUUCAUAAUGGUACUUUAUGUUUAAAACAACAAUCUGUACAAAAACAUUACACAGCACUUUUCACACAACAUCCUUUCCAUCUGGAAGACCACCCUUUCUCCCCUUUUAUAAACCUGAAAUAUUUUUAUAAACAAAUGGUAUUUAUUAGAUUAUCCUUAAUCUAAGCUAUUUGAGCAGCAACCUUUUUCCUUCAAGUAGGUUUCUUAUUUAUUUUUGUGCAUGAGGCCAUCAGUGCCUGUACUCUUGGAGGAAGAGGGUAAAAUCAUUGUGAUGACAAAAAUCAAAUCAAUUCAAUAAGAUACCAUCAACUCUGUAUUAUGUGAAGCUGAAAUGUAUGAGAAUGGUGAAUUUAAAGAAGUAUAUUUUUAAAUGAGAACAGAAAUGAACCCUAAAAGUUCUUUCAUACAAAUGUAUUUGAGUGAAAAAUGUACACACAAAGUAAUACAAAUAUUUUGUUCUUUUAUUCCAUUGUGUUUCUUCUUUCCUACUUUCCCUUGUAUACUACCUCAAAGUAAUUGAGGGUUUCUUGGUCACAUAUUUUCUGUAGGCUUGCAUUUAUAUUGUCUAAAAUGCAUGAAUUGUCAUAAUUAGUACUGUAUUUUGCAUUACUUAAUAAAAGACACCAGUGGAAAUAUUU